UUACAAUGCACAUCGCAGUAUUUAUGUUGUGACAGAAAGGAAGAAUUUAGUGUUGUUCUGUUGUAAUCCGCGGAGGAAUAGUUAGGGAUAUUUAAAGUGGAGAAGAUGGGAAGUAUAGGGACCAACAUAACGCGAACCACGGGGAAAGGGAAAAGUAAAGCAGCAUUGCGUGCAGGACUACCGAGAAAUGUUAGGAGCAUGAGCAAGGAGGUCCUUGAAGCAACGUUGCAGAAAAAGAGAGAAUGUAAUGCAAAAGCCCAAAAAAUAGUUGAGAGUUUACUGGAGAAAGAUAUCAAUGAAGAAUGGUUCGUCGGCUGUUUGAAAUUUAUUAGUGAUACCCACUUUCAAGAUGUAGUUGAAGAAAGGGCAAUCACUAAACUUUGCGGAUACCCUUUGUGUAAUGGUAUUUUGAAGAACAUUCCAAAUCAACAGUAUAAGAUAUGCACAACACAGAAUAAAGUUUAUGACUUAACGGAAAGAAAGAACUUCUGCAGUAAUCAUUGUUACAAGGCAGCAAAAUAUCUAAAGGAUCAGCUUCUGACAAGUCCACUUUGGCUGCGUGACAAAGAAGAAAUUCCACCGUUCAAGCUGUUGUCAAUGAGUAAAUCAAGUGGCAUGGUUGGAGAUGAGGUACACUUUCAACAAGAAAGUCUUGUGGAUGAAAUAACACAAUUGAAAGAUGACAACUCCAAAAAUUUAAGUGCUAUAUUAACAGAAUCUGAAAUAAAUGCAGGAUUACAAAACACUACAAAUGAAUAUGUAUGUGUAAUGAAGACAGAAUUUAAUGAAAUUCUCUCUGAAAGUAGUAAAAAUCUCAAUUUACCUUCAGAAAGCAAUGGAAAUGUAUCUAAAGCAAGUGUAAAUGCGAAUGAGUAUGCUAGAGUUAAUGAAAUUAAAGAGGAGGAUAUAUUGGAACAGUCUGAAAAAGUAACGCUGACAAAAAAUGAGUGUAGUGGUGUUGAAAUUCAAAGUGGUUUGGAUUAUCAUAGCCUCGGUGCUAAAAUGGAAAGUUUGAAGGAGAAAAAAACAGCUUCAGAAGAUAGUAAAGACGCUGUAAAGAAGAAAAACACAAAUAUUCGGAAAAAAGAGAAAAAGGAAAGUUUAGGUAAACAUUCAGCAAUCAAAGUACAUAUUAAUAAACAAGAAGAAGCUCCUUUAACAACACUGCUAGUUGAGAAGUGUGUACGAGAAUGGUUUACACUUGACUCAAUGUACUUUCUUUUUGGUGAGGAGAGAAUGAAGGAAAUGGUUGCAGACAAGGAUAUAACUCAUUACUUCAAACCUACUGAGAGUGAUUCUUGGGAUCCAGGUAUGCGAGAGCGUUACAUUGCUAUAUGCAAGAAACUCAAUUUAUUGGAACUGGAAGAUAUUAAUUAUGACAAUAAAAUUACCAAGGAGAAUAAGGAGCUGAGACCACUACCAGAGUAUUCCAGUAUUAAGGAAGAGGGACUGAAAAUGCAGUUGAAGGUUAGGGCAUUUUUUGCUGGAAAAACUGCCUACGAGGACUCUUCAGUUGAAGAUAGUUCACAAGAAAAUGAGUCCAGUGGAAAUUUUAUCCCACUGGUUGAUCUGCAUUCAAAGAAUGCUCUUCGCAGGAGAAUAGUGUUGGACCGCUUCAAUAGAAUCUUACCUGACCUGUUAUCAACAUUUGGAAUAUCAUCCCGUGACAUAAGUGAUGACCUACGUAGCCUUGUAUUCAGCUUUUGCCUGUCGGCUCACAACAUAACUUUCAAGCCAACAGAAUGGAACUUGUUGGGUCUAAUUGUGUUAAAAAUGCUGUCACUCAGGGACAAGCGGAUCAAGGCUGUUUUAGAAACUGAACAGUCAAAGAAGUACAUGACUAUGAUGCUGAUGGUUUUCCAAGAAGAUGCUGGAUAUCUGGAGAGACUUGUGGCCUGGUUGAUGGAUAUUGACUAUCUUUUACAACAGCAUAGUGGCAGAACAGGGAGUUGAAAUUGUUGGAAUACAACUGGUCAACAGGAAGCACCUCUUCACAGCACUAAGGGACUGUAGACCUUGGUAUGUGACAUAAAUUUCAACUUAAUACAUCUACCCAUUCCUGAGAAAAAGGGGUCUUAACAGUCAGUCGGUCAAUCGGACAGAUGGACAGGUAGCGAAGUGAUGCUCAGGGGUUCCUUUUCAACUGUUUGAAGCACCAAACCCUAAAAAAGAAUAGUUCAAGUGAGAUGCAGAACAACAAAGAAUUAAAAAAUAUUGACCCUAAACCAACUGAAAAAUUGGCUUCGUAUAUUCCCAAAAGGCUGAAAGUAGUUGUAAAACAAAAGGACUAUAUCAUGAUAUAAGAGUUUCGUGCGUUUCAACUGUGCCCAGUGGUAAAACGUGGUUUAAUUUCACAUGACGUGGACAGUAAAUAUUUGUAAUUUACUUUGUCUUACUUCUACGUAGCAUAUAAUAAAUGUCAGUGUAAAGAUGGAUGAUAUUGAAGUUACACAGACUUUCACGUGCUGUGUAAAUAAAAAUACCUGUUCUUAAGUUGGAAAUGUAUUUAUCUGAACAGCUUUGUUAAAAUGGUUGUGCUUAAACAUCACUGCUGUUGUGUAACAAUAAGCCUGUAAAAACCUCAAUAUGACUUUUACUAUGUAUUUCUGGUACUCCAUUGUAUGGUCAUUAUUUUAUUAUGGACUAUUCUGUGCUAUAAAUACAACAAAAAUGAACAAAAA